AUGGCAGUUGGAGGUCAAGAUCUCGAAGAAUCAGGUCUUCUGGCACAGAGGAUCCACACUCGCCGACAGAACAGGAAGAAGAAGAAAAAGAAAAAGCAGAGGCAGCAGACAGCCGGCAAGGUUGUGCUGCAACGUGCGCGGGAGAAUUGCCAGGCAACGCCAGAAGCCCGUGCGCUGCUAUCACGUGGGCAUCAGCAGUUCUAUUGCGGAGAGUUUGCUGAUGCGAUCGAGACAAUGCGGGCGGUCAUCCGUGAGCAGCCUGGGCUGGCUGAUCCCUACCACGUCUUGCACCAGGUGUACACAGAGCUUGGGGAGGAAAAAAAGGCGCUGCACCAUCUCAUCCUGUGCGCCUACUUCACGAAGCCGUCCUCUGAUGCUCGACCACUCUGGCAGAAGAUCGGACAUGCAUCUGUGCGCCUGGCACUGAUGGACCAGGCCUGCUAUGCUUUCAGGAGAAGCAUUUCGCCACGAGGCGCACGCACGGAGGACGACUGGAGGUCUCUGUGGGAGCUCUCCAAGUUGCUCUUCCAGAAGGGCAACCACGACCAGGGCAUUGAAGUCUUGUACGAGCUCUAUGAGGAGACUGAGGAACCCCAGCUGGCAGUUGAGGUGGCGAAGAAGCUGGUCAGAAGGCAUCGCUGGCGAGAAUGCCUCGCCUUACUGGAAAGCUGCGUACAGAAGGGCCGCGAGGCAACUCCGCCAAGAGUUGACCUGAACGUCUUGAACAUCCUUGCCGAGGUCCUGAUAGAGAUGCGGGAGUUCGAGAAGUGCGCCAGGCUCUUGCAGGAGCUGCUGCAUCUGGUGCCGGCACAAUCUGUACAGUCUUCAGGCGCCAGCAGCUCCACUGACGUGGUCCUGCAUUCUCUGGACUCCCAGGUGCUGCUGAAGAAACUGCACAACUGUCCGGUGGACAUUGUUGCGAUGCUGGCUGUGGCCAUGUGUCAGUUGCCGAAUGAGAACAUUGGCGAGGAUCCGGUGUACAACUCCGCAUUGGAGGUGGUUCUGUCGCACCCUCCGGAGUCACAUUCCGACCUUCACCUGUUGCUGGUGGAUGCCAUGCUGGCAGACGAGGGCACCACAGCUGACACAGUCAGCCGGCGGUGGCUUCGAAGGGCAAAUGUUCGGCGCUGGUCUGCUGAGCAAGCACACCGAAUCCUAAGCAUGCUCGAAGAUUGCACCACCUUGGAGGUCGACCUGCGCGAGCGACAAGCCAUGUGCCGAUGGCGACUUGGACAGGUGGAAGAAGCUGCACUUCAACUAGAAGCUUUGCUGGAGGACCCUGGAGAAAGAACGGAUGCGGAGCUUCGCAACAUGAGGGUUCGAGCAGCAGAGGCAUGGAUCGAGAUUGGCAAUCCCAGCCGCGCAGAUCAAGUACUGAGUUGCUUGAGCUACGAGGAUUUGCAGCGCAGCAAUGCCCUUCCACCUCCGCUGAGCGCUGCCGAGCGCAAGUCCUUGUACAAGGAGCUUUCUGAGAUCAUCGAUCGGACAUUGAGUGCUGCUGCGGAUGCCAAGGAUGUGGAACAUGCUCAUAAAUAUGUCGGCAGCAAAGAGGAGCUGCUGCAGUUCUUCGCGAAGUUCCGGCAUCUUGUGUACGACUGCGAGCUUGACUUCAAGCGACUCAAUGUACGCAGUACGAGUGCAAGGAUGGAAGGCUCCCGAGAGAGCUCUGCUCCUGCAGCCCUAGAGGACAAAGCCAACUCACGUCCAAACGCUGCGGAGGAGGAUGCCAUCGCAGAUGCACGGUCUGCACUGCCAGCUCCCGAGCCAGGCAAUAGUCAAGACAGCCUGCUGCUUCCAGUACACGCUCCGAAGGUGCCGGACUCGAAAGCUACGGCAGACGAGGUGUUGCAGGGGGCCACGAUCCACAAGUUCAAGAGACGACAUCUGGGGAUCCAGACCAUUGAGGACAUGUUUGGCUUUGAGGCGUACCUAACCUUGGUCAAACACGGGGUGGUGAUCAUUCGCGCCUUUGCAAGAUGCAGGAAGGAGUCGAAAUCUCGCGAGGGAACUGUCCAAGCUGCGCAGGCGGUGGAGGUUUGCGAAAUGAUCCUCUCAAAUCGCAAACUCGUGGCUCAGAGGAACCCGGUAAAGCGGCGCAUGAUGAGGGACCUGGCGAUGCUGUCUCUUUCGCUAGGCUUCGAAGCGCGCUUGUGGAAGGUCGUGUUCAAGCAUCUUCGCAACAUCUGUGAUCGCAGUGGGAGCGAUCAUGUGGUGGCUCUGUGCUCCAGAUUGCUGUUCACGCACGCAGAUGUAGAUGGCAUGGGACCAAGCCAUAGCAGAGAUCGCGAGGAUGCAGCUCCAUGGAAGUACGAGAAAGCACACAAUGCAAGCUGGGGACACCGCAAUACCUAUGCCGCAGCGUUCACAGAUGUGCGGGGUUGGGCAUUGCGAAAGCUGCUGAGAAGGCCUCGUGCAUUCGGGCUCACGCUCCUAUGCGCACACUUCUGCAUCAUCGCGUCUCAGUAUCCGUUCGCGGUGGCCGAAUACUCCCGAGCACACCGUUUGGCACCGUUUGAGCCGCUACCAGCUCUUUGUACAGCAACGGCAUAUCUGUCCUUCUCAAUGUCGCGUGCCGCAGUGUGUCGUCAUGAUCUCGUGCUGAAGGGCCUUACCUUCUUGCAGCGUUACCGCCGCUUGCGGCUUCGAAGCGCAGGUCUCUUUCCGCCCGAUGAAUCGCAGGAAGAGGAUCCGUCAAGUUGGGGCGGACUGCCGGCAGAGCGGCAACCUUGGGAGGACGCGGUCACAGACGACCCGUUGGAGCGUUCGGCGAUCCAAGCCGAGGUCGCUUACAACUAUGGCCGGGCCUUCCACCAGCUGAGCAUCGCCAACCUCGCCCUGGAGGCUUACGAAGCAGCUCUGGAAAUCUUCGACGGUCUGUCACAGUCAGAAUGCCAGAGGACAGAUUUGGUUGUCAUCCGGAGAUCAGCAGCAUGGAAUCUGGCAUAUCUCUACAAGGCUCAGGGAAGCACGGAGAUGGCGGCCGACAUUCUUUGGCGUCACGUCGUUUGGUAG